GUUUCUGCAUGUACUCGGCCAGCAACUGGCCGUCGAGUCCGACGGCCACCUCGCAGCCGACGUGGAGCGGGUGCCAGUGCCGGUUGCCCCAGAACGCCAGGCGCGCGCGGAUCCUGGACCGCACCUUCACCGUCAGCUCCACCCUGCUGCCGGCCUCCACUGCGUCCCGCGCCAUGUCCCCGCUGGCCGCCGACGCCGCCACGCCCUGGAACGCCAGGGCCGACGUCGUCUUGGGUGGCUGGUACAGCGGCGCGGCCGUCAGGGCCUGGCCCUUGACCACGUCGGCGCCGCGGUACUCCACCGAGAGGUAGAACCGGUCGUAGAAGAAGGCGAUGUCCCGGUUCGGGUUGCGGAUGGAGAGCUGUCCCGACAGCAACUCUCUCGAGGCAUGCGGCCAGCAGAUGAACGCUUCUGCAGACACACAUCACGUCACUACGCACGCGAUCGAUGCUAUAUCUCGUUCUUCCUUGACGAUCACAGAACCAGCCGGUUGAUGCAGCAUCUUUGUCAGCCGCAGGAAAAGCCUCUGAAACCGCUGAUCGCUGCCUGCCCUCGGUCGCUUACCGUGCUCGCCUGCUUUUCGUCUCCUUGUGUUCUCAGCGGGACGACGUCGUGCGCGGCCCGGCUUCGAUCGCCAAUGGCGUGCAAGGUGAAAGGGAUCUUCAAGGGCCUCAAGGCCUUCUCCCGGAUCUUCGCGGUGAAGGAGCACGAGAUGGAGAUCGGUUGUCCGACUGACGUGAAGCACGUCGCGCACAUCGGCUGGGACAGCGCGGCGGGCGGCGCGUCUCCGAGCUGGAUGAACGACAUCAUGGCGUCCUCAGACUUGUCGUCCCUGGGCAACUUCGCAGCGCUCACUGGUACCUCCUGGGUUUCUCAAGAUCUCGACAGCCAGCAGCGUGUCGUCGCGGAGAACACCGGCAGGCGAGACCACUCGGCCACGUGCCCCGAUAUUACAAGGCCGCCGAGGAAUCCCGGGACGAAGAAGCCGAGGGACGGCUCGCCGCCGGCGUCGCCACCGUCACCGGCGGCUCGUGUCGACGCUGCUGCAGAUGACGCGCGAUAAUCUGAACUGUGUUGCUCCGGCCUCCCUCCAUUCCGAGUUUGUGUACGCGAGCGCGAGGCUACAAAGAGUCAAAGAUUGCUUGUUUGGUCGUCGUCUGAUCGCCCCCAGCUUUGGCGUCAAAGUAUGUACUAUGUGUUUAUGUUA